AAGGAUCAUCUGGGAAUCUACCGAGCAGUCGCGAUCAGCCCAACCAGCGCCACCGCGGUAUUUCUCUCUCCCGAUUUUCCCGAGAAAGUUCGCAGCUUUUCCCCAGAAAAUCCUCGGCAGCUCCGUCUAAUCGCGCGAAAUCUCCACCGCCCACGACACGACCGACACCCCACCAGAGCUUUUCGCAAGAUGGAACCCGACUUCGUCCCGACGACGUCGUUCGUGGACUUCCCGGAGGACGUCCAGCUCUGCAUCCUGUCGUUCCUGACGCCGCCCGAGAUCGCCAACUUCUCCUGCACCUCGAAGCGCUUCGUCGCGCUCUGCAGGAGCGACGCCAAGCUCUGGCACGCCCUGUGCGACCGGCGGUGGGGAUCGAAGACCCAAAUCCGGAAAUGGGGCGACGGCAAGAUAUGCUACCGGCUCCUCUACAAGACCCUCAGCGAGUGGGAGAGCCUCAUCGGCUUCUGGCGGCGCAGCGGCCAGAGAUCCACCUCCGCCGCGGCCGCCGCCUCCGCCGCGCCGCCGCCGCCGCCGCUUGUCGUCUUCGAUUGGGGCCCCUCGUUCGUCGCCGGUUCCAGGGUCUCCCCCUCCCAGGACGGCACCUACGGCGUGGUGAAGUCGCCGUUUUUGUGGAUGUCGCUUUCCCCCGGCGGGGAACCCGUGAAUUUCGUCGACCCGGAUGGUAAAGGUGGCGAAUUCGGCGCUAAUUAUUCCGUCGAUUCGAUCGGGAAGACCGAUUUGAUCCCGGUGGAUGUGAAUUUCAUGGGGUGUACGCAUUUGGUGGUGGAGGAGAACAUGGGGCUCGGGGGCAAUUCGCACAGGAAUGGGUUUCGGAGGAGCUCGAGCUCGGCGAACUUGUGUAGCGAUGAGGAGGAGGCCAGUGGCGGCGAGAAUGGGACUUUCGGGAGCUUACCGGAUCGGUAUAUGUCGGAGAUGUAUCAGCACUUUGCGAACCGGACGAGCCCCGGCGGGAGCAGCGCAUCGAGAAGGCAGAAGAAGAGGGAGAAGGAGAGGCAGGGGAAGAGAAGAUGGGAGCCCGAGCAUUUCGUGAAAAUAGUAGAUUGCUCUCCCACUCCUUCUCGGCCUUUGCAGGGGCUAUGGAAGGGAAUCGGUGACUGCACGAAACUGGAAUUCUAUCUUGUCACUUACGAUGAAAUUGGGGGAAUUGCCUGCCGAAGGGUUGGGGAACCAGCAGACCGUUUUUCUGGUUGUGCCCCAGUUUUUUGGACAUCGAAAGCAACGUUUAUUGAGCCACCUUUUUCUCAAGAGGAGAUGAUCAUGUACGACAGUCGCAUGCUCCUUCACCCCAUUGAUGAAGAAAAUUCUAUGUUCGGGGAGCUUCCAAUGGAAAAUGAGCCGGUCACUCGCAUCCUGUACAUAAAUUCAAGUUAUGACUUGCUAAUUCCUGAUUUAGCUGGGACUACAGCAACUGACAGGCGUAACGAGGGAAGGAUCUGGCAGUAUAGAGACGGUACAUUUGGGUUCGGGUUUCUUCGGGACAAUUUUAUUAUAGACCUGAAGCACAUAGCCCCAAAUGGUUGUCUUCUUCACUAGGUUAAGCUUUGUGAUAAUUGAUUUGGUCUUCUGGAUUCAUUCUGUACAUAUUAGAAUCUUAGGAAAGAAGAGCCAUAUAUCCAGUAUGGCACUGGUGUCAUGUUCUUUCACUUUAGACCUGCGGCUCCACCUUGUAGGCCGCUUUGUAACAUAGUUUAUCGUUGAAAUGAUGGCAUCCGUUCCAAAGUUUUAUUGAAUUCUGGCGAUUCUUCUUUUGACCCA